CACAUACGUACGGAUUAUACUGUAUCGACUAUGUCAUGUACGCAUUAACUUGAAAUUGACUAUUUAAAACAUGAAAUAUGAAUUAACUGUAUAGUAACUUAGAAAGAAAGUCGUCCCUUCUAACCUAUAGUUUAGUUAAAUAUAUCAUUGGAUGUGACGGAUUGCACAAGCGUGUGAUAGUUUGCACUUCGUGUGGAUGCCCCAUCUGAUCCUGACUUGCAUAAACGGUCAAUUUACUGAACGUUUAUCGAAGUCAAGCUAUAAGUGCGCAUUGUACUAGAAAUCCAGUAUGUUGCGACUCAGUCUCUCCCAAGGAAGGGCACACACACAUAUAUGUCCAGAUCGCAUUGCAUUUUCUCAAGUAGAUAGGCACGUGCACACAUUGCUUCGAAGCAGUAUAUAUAGUGCAGCAUAUGUUUCUCAACGCCUAUAUAGCACACGCAGACGCAGACGUGCUGUUGAAACAUGGUUGAAGGAUGUACCUGAACAUAGAAAGGAAGCUCUGGAAUUUGAACGACUGCUGGGCUUAAGAAAAGGGAUAAAGCACAAAGAUGCACCUCUGUUGAAUGUGGAGGAAUCGAAAAACCUGAUGGAGAUAAGGGCCAAGGGCAAUGAGCGGAACAUGCGAAAGUUAGAGAAGUUCAAAAAGUUGGCACCUCGACAGCAGACGAAAGCGCUGUGGUACUCAGCCAACAAGGCACCGCUGAUACGCCAGAAGGUGGUAGCGAAGCAAUUGCAGGAUAAAAUGGAUGGUAUGUGGUCUGUGUGUGUGUUGGUUGUGUCAGAGAAGGUGGUAGCCAAGCAAUUGAAGGAAGAUGGAUGGUAA